GAGGAGAAUAUAAGCCUAUAACUAACCAAUAAAACAGGGAGACGUGGAAUUUUAUUAGCCUGUUGGAAGAUAUGCGGUUUUGGAGUUAAUUUGUUGUACUUAGGGCUACUAUAUAUUCUGAUUUAAAUUUUUUGUCAAUUGUAUAAAAAGUGGAGAAAUACGCUCCAGCAAUUACAAUCAUCAAUAAAUACGAUCAAAAUGAACUGUAAGGUAUUAAUAAACAUUGCUUGUUUAUUGCUAUCGUGGUCCGUUGCAGAAGGAUUCACUUCAAAAGAUGUCAAGUGCCAUGUUUGCAAGGCCACAGUUCAAGAAAUGGAGAGCGCUAUCGCCAAGGAAGAUCCAAAUAAAACCGUUAAUGUUAGCGGUUUUCGUCUGGACACCAAAGGAAAUUCCAUAAGCAAAGCCGUAAAACUAAUUAAAUCGGAGAUGUACCUGACUGAGUUAAUGGAAAAAAUUUGUGAUAAAAUGGAAGAUUAUUUGAAAGCUACAUAUAAGAGUAAUGGCAAGUUCACACUUCUUAAGAUGAUUGUCGAUGACAAGAUGAAUCCAGAGUCAUCGCUCGUGGAUUUUGUGCAAGAUGGGGAUUUAAAUAAAAGCCUCGGCCACUACUGUUUGGAGAUUCUUGACGAUCAAGAAGUAGUAUUUUUAAAGGCCUUCCAAGCGGCAACUCUUGCUGACGAUUUGGACUCUCUAAUUUGCGGUGCUCAGGCGAAAUAUUGUUCCUAUACACCCAACGAAGUAGAUUAUGAUUUUUCUGACAAAGAUGAAUUGUGAUAACGAUGUAUGUAUAUAGCUAACAGAAUUUACUAGUAACUAGCCUUUUUGUAAUGUGUAUUUAUUUCCUAAUAAUACGUUUUCGUUGUGAGCUUCCAGCAAAAACUAAAUUAAAAGAAACAAAAACGACACUGAA